AUGGAUAUCAGUUCCUUACUUUCUCCCUCAUCAGAGACGCCACGCGGGAAUUCAUCCACACCCGGGUCGGUUGCCUCCUCACAGUCACCAUUCAAACAUACACAACGUACCCAAUCGGGCAAUGCAUCGCAACCCGCGAUCAGUUCUCCCUUAUCCCGCGCCAUACAACCACCCUCGAGCAUUCCGGCUCAUGUGAGGAGUCCUUCCCAGCAGCCUGCACACUCGUCACCUCUCAUCAGCCCUGUACCUACGGGCACGAUGACGACGCAGUUCCCACGAUCUUCGUCCACUGCGAGUAUGGAUACCUCGCCUGACGGCACAGCGGGUCAAACCCAUCUUACGUCGAAACCGACACCCCCAAUCCUCCGGAAUCGUGACUCCUCCGACAGUCAACGAUCCGCCUCUAGCAUCUUCCCCCAUGUGACCUCGGCAGGAGCGACAUCCAAUCCUCGAGCCUCGUUCGAUAUUGCAAUGGUUGACACCCCUAAGCAAGUGCUGCGGUCCGAUUAUACCGACAGUUCACUCCACCUGGAGGCGCAACAGAGGUUAGCUACGUUGGUGGCACAGGUCCACGAGACGCCUUCGUUGUACGAAGCCCAUACCGAAAUCAUAAAAAUUUUGCACCAGGGGCUAGUCGAUCAUAUCUAUCCUUCUACGAACCCGAACGAACGUCGAGACCCGCGAACUUACGAUCUCAUCGGUGAACUUAGGCAGGCCCGGGAAAAUUUGGACAAGCUCUUUGCUGUUGGUGAAGAACAGUGGCUUGAUUGGCUGCAAGACGAGAGUCUUCUGGCUCAAACUGCGGAGGAACGGGUGGCAGUGGUUGACAAGUGCCGCCGUGCAGUCACCGAAGAAUACGGCAGUCCACGAUUGUGGGUGACUUAUGGAGACUGGGUAUUACACUGCCACAAAUGGGCGCUUGACCCUCCUCUCGAAGCGGAAGGCGAGGCUGCCGAGACCGAACGCUUGGUGGGCCGAGAAGUUUUCGACUGGAAGCUCGUGCUCGAUACCUGGACUGAAGGCAUCGAACGGACUAAGCACGACAUGAGCCGUAGUCAUGAAGUGUGGGACAAGUACAUGACUAUACGCUUCGGUGAGACGGGCGAGAAGUUGUCGUCUACUGAUGCCGCUACCGUUCUCGAACUUUACCAAAAGCGCCUACUCGUUCCACAUGCGGAGUGGCAGCAGACUUUCCAGGCCUUCUCAACCUUCGUAUCAGCCAACCUACCCGCCGAUGAAUAUGAAAGCACGAUGGCUUCGACGCUGAAAGAAUCCGCCAGUACAAAAAAGCUGUGGCAGGACCGCGAUGCUUUCGAGACGGCGUUGCAGGAGACCCAAAAGACAGGAGAUCGAACCGCGGAAUACCAAACGUUUUCCAGCUAUAUCGAGUGGGAACGUGCGGAGAGAGACAAGCCUCGAGCGGGAAAACAAAAAGGGAGACGCGGCACACAUGCGGUCCAGAACCCUCAUUUCGACAUGAUUGAAGCCCUUUACCAGCGGGCAGAGCUCCGGUUUCCUUCCGUGCUGGCAAUCUGGGAAGAGCAUAUUGACUACAUGUUGGAGCAGUUGAUAAACGACUUGCUGGAUCUCCUUGCGAGGGCAACCAAGCAUUGCCCCUGGUCCGGUUCGCUAUGGAAGCAAUAUUUAUUGACUUCGGAAAUUGCAGAAGAAUCUUUUGACGAGACCGAGAAGAUUAAACACAAAGCUACGAGCACUGGGCUGCUGGACGCUGCAGGUAUUGAAGAGGCUUUGGUUGUGUACGAUGCAUGGUGCGGGUAUCUCUUGCGCCAAAGUAAACGACCCGAUGCCGUCGAAGAAGAUGCUGAUGUGGCGGAAAUGGGCAUCAGAUCCUCCAUUGAAGCGGUCCAUAGCCUGGCCUCGAAGCUAGGAUUGGGCCCGGACUUCGAUCCUUCUUUCAGGCUGCAACGGAAAUACGUGGAGUAUCUCAAAUCUCAGCAACGACUAGACAAUGCUCGAGCACAAUUCGAUGAUGCGGUGCAUGACUACGGCAAGCAUUACAAAUUCUGGCUACGAUUUUACGAGUUCGAACUUCAAAAAUCCGUUCACAUGGCUUUCGUCCAACACACUGGUGCGGAUAGGUCAGCUUCUCUUUCUUCGGCUCCUUUCGCCGCCGCAAUAUUGAAGCAGGGUCUUCAACAGCCGGAUCUGGACUAUCCAGAACCGCUCAUGGAGGUUCUUUUGAACCACUGUGAGGACUAUGAGGAUGCCGAGGAACUGCAGAGCGCUCUUGCGGUCGUGCGUAAAGUUCAGAAGAAUGUCACUGCAAAGAGACAUGCAGAAGCCCUUCAAGCGAAUGAGAUCGCAGCUCAAGCGCAGAAAGCAGAGGACGACUUGAACCAGCGAACAGAAGAAGUCGCAAAUGGUCUCCACAUUGGAAAACGCAAACGAGACGACGAGUCCGAAGUCCAGGACACUCAAAAGCGGCAGAAGGCUGACGAUGUGGCCAAAGAAUCUGUCGAGUCGCAGGAAACGGCAGAGGAACAAUUGAAGCGCGACCGCGAGCACGCGAGCAUCCUUGUCCAAAAUCUUCCGUCCAACGUGGCUGAGACACGAAUCAGACAAUAUUUCAGCAACUGUGGGAUCUUGAAGAACCUGAAACUUCUUCCUGACGAGAACAGUGCUGUGGUAGAGUUUGAGGACGCUGAUGCCGCAACCUACGCGCUUUCCAGGGACGGAAGAGAGUUUGAGGGCUCACUGAUUUCCGUGGUGCUCAACACUGGUUCGACGCUGUAUAUCACCAAUUAUCCUGCUGCUGUGGACGAGACUUGGAUCCGCAACCUGCUGCGUCCUUAUGGCGAGAUUAUCAACAUCCGCUUCCCGUCUCUUCAGCGGAAUAAGAGACGCAGAUUCUGUUAUGUCGAGUUCAAGUUACCGAGAGAGGCACAAGCUGCCACAGAAUUAGAUGGUAGAGAGAUUGAGGGGCUGAACAUUGUCGUCAAAAUUUCGAAUCCAGCUGCGCGACAACCGAGGGCCGAAAAGAAGAGCGAUGGAAGAACCAUUUUCGUCGGCCAGCUACCGUUCAAGGCCACCACUGAGGAUGUUCAGAAAGUAUUUUCGAAGUUUGGGGAUUUGGAGAAUGUUCGUCUCCCACAAGAUCCGAAGAAUAGCUCUCGGAAUAAGGGGGUCGCAUUUUUGACUUUCGCUCGUCAAGAGGAGGCGGAAGCUGCCCUAGCCAUGGAUGGGCAAGAUCUCAUGCAGCGAAAAAUCACCGUUCGUGCAGAUGCCGAUGGCAGCUCUCGCGCCAACAGAGGCAGCAACAAGCGUUCCAAGUCACCCUCGACGCAGCCCGAUGGAGCCUCCGAUGCAAGAGCUCCGUCGAAGCCACCACUCGACCUUUCAUCCAUCGAGGAGAGACGCCAGCGAACGGUCGCCAUAUGCAAUGUGCCCGACACGGUGAAUGAUAGCAGAAUCAAAGCUGUUGCGGAGAAGACUGGUCCUGUGCGCAAAGUGCUACUCAAAACGAACCAUCAGGGUGCUCUGAUCGAAUUCGAAAACAUUCCCGACGCAGGGCGGGCUAUGAUUGAACUUGAUGGCUACGAGAUCUCGCCAGGUCGGCACAUCAAAGUCACUACGGAAAAGGAACUGUUCCUGCAACAGCCGGAGCGGAAGCACGACGGCUUUGCGAAACCCCCUGCUUCGAGCCGACCGGCAGCUCCAUCCGCCAAUGGUCCGAUCAAACGGCCAUUGCAACCUAAUGCGCGGGGUCGAGGACAUCUCGGGCAGCGGUCUUCAGUAUUGCAUUUGGCUGGAAGAAAAGGGUCUGCUGCAGAGGAGAAAGAAGGCGAAGGAAAGAAGACGAAUGACGAUUUCCGGAACUUGAUCAACAAGAGCUGA